AUGUUCACAUCGAUGAAGAAACUCAAGCCCACCGGAGCCGAGUUAGCAAAGGCCGGAAAGUUCCGGAAGCCACACCACAAGGCCAAAGCUCAUGUCGGCAAGUCGGUCGAGAAAGGCUCUUCUGUCAAGGAAGGCAAAGCAGCCAAAAACGGUAGAGGCGGUGAAAAACGCUCCCUCAAGGAGAGGAGGGUCAACUCGAUGCACUUCAAAGGCCCAUAUAAAUCCCUCGGUAGCAGGCCAGCUCCAAUAGUGAUCACCCGGAAGAUCGCUGUUCUCCGUCGACGACUGGCCGAGGGAUACUUCGAGAGGAUGAUGGAGAAGCGAAGUCCAUUAGAUUCACCGCUGGCUACCCUUUUGGGAACGGCUACAUCGACCGCUGGCUCACUUCCGGUUGUAGGAGUUCCACUCUCGGGUCUUUUGUCAAGUUUGCCCACGAACGCGCUCGCCGCUCCUGGUGCUCUGACCGGUCUCCUCGGGACGUUGACGGGUGCUCUCCAGAGCGCCCCGGUCCUCGGUGACCUCCUCAAGACGCUGCCGAUCAGCUCGCUCCUCCAAGGCAACCCCCUCAACAACGUCAAGAACACACUUUCCGGUCUCUUCGUCGCUAUUCCCAUCCUCGGCGGCCCUCUCGGAGGCCUGACCAACACCGUAACCGGCGCCGCUAGCGCCCUACCCAUAUCCCUGUUCGAUCUGGGAUCCGCGUCCCCGACCAGUUCACAACGAAACGUCGACACAGCCGAAGCUACCAACGACCUAUCGUCCCAAUCAACACCCCUAGCUAGUCUUCUGGGGCGUUCCCUCAGCUCCAGGAAAUUGACUGCCGCAAGAGAACACUAA